GUUUUAACUUAGCAACACCGAUAACAAGAUGGCGACGACUUACGACGAAAAUAAAUUUUACCUCGAAAAGGAGCAAAUUAUUGAUGAUUCUGAUGAAGAAUAUCAAUAUGAGACAGUACCAGUCGAUGAAGACUUUAUUGGUGGUGACGAAGAGGACUUGGAAAUUGCUGUGAGGACCAUCCAAGAGAAAACUGGCGAUGCCGAAGCGCAGGUCCGUAAGGAGGGUUCGCCACGACCCAACGUCGUUCACAGACCAGAGGUGGUCGAUGACUUUGUCAGGAACUUCCUCGUCAAGAUGGGUAUGGGAAGGACUCUGGACAGUUUCCAGACAGAGUGGUAUGAACUGCAACAAAAGGGUCUGCUGAAUGAAGAAGAUAUAGGCGUUGUGCCCGAUAUCUAUGCCAGGAACCAGUCCCUGGAUGAAGAGCUGAAACAUCUGAAACUGGAAAGGGACAGAUACAAGGAAGCUGCCUUAAAAGCCAAGGAUACAUACGUGAAGCUGAGGAAAGAACGCGACUACCACCGGAUGCAUCACAAACGCGUCGUACAGGAAAAGAAUAAACUCAUCAAUGAUAUCAAGAGGCUGAAGAAACAUUACGAGUCCUACGAGCCGACCCUGCGCCAGCUGAAGCACAAAUACGAGGUGGCCAUGAAGGAGAAGAUGCUGACGAAGCUCGAGCGCGACCGGGCCGUGGGCCAGGUGACUGGGCUGCAGACGACCAUACAGAGCAUGGAGAAGUACAAGGGGUCACGCAUCAAAGAGGGAACAGGUCUGAGUUCGACAUCCUUCCACUAUUGCGAAAGAGGAGCAGAGAAUAUGGUAGACAAAUUCGGACGAGGACCGACGCAGAGGACACUCGCCGUGGAGAGAAACAAUCAGGACAACAUGGCAAUCUUUGAGACUGAGAAGAGAUACCCAAAUGAUUCUGAGUUUCCAAAGGAUACUGGCAUUAACCCUCUCCUGGCCCAUGUCAAGGGACCCCCCGGCCAUCUGACCAGGACCGGCGGCUUCCGGCUCUCGAGUACCUUUCAGUCACAUGCUCUUGCUAUCAGCGGACUCGCGCUCCAUCCGCGUAAACAGAUUCUUUGCACGACGAGCGAUGACCAUACGUGGAAGAUGUGGGCAGUUCCGAGCGGCGACAUCAUCAUGACGGGAGAAGGACACACGGACUGGCUAUCUUCUUGUGACUUUCAUCCGUCAGGGAGUAAGUUGGCAACGACCAGUGGCGACACAACUGUUAAAAUCUGGGACUUCACCAAAGCCGAGUGCGUUCAUACAUUUACCGAUCAUACACAUGCCGUCUGGUCAUGUAGCUGGCACUCACAUGGUGACUUCUUAGCAACAUCUUCAAUGGAUAAUACUUCAAAAAUAUGGGAUCUGAACAGCUUGCGGUGUCGCUAUACCCUCCGUGGCCAUGCGGAUUCUGUCAACAGCAUAAUGUUCCUUCCGUUUUCAAACACCGUGUGCACAGCCUCGGCAGAUAAAACGUUAUCGUUAUGGGAUGCCAGACAGGGCCUCUGCGCGCAGACAUUCUUCGGCCAUGAACAUUCAGUCAACUAUGCAGCGUUUAACAUGAAGGGUGACACUAUUGCGUCCUGCGAUUCGUAUGGCGUGGUUAAAUUAUGGGAUGUAAGGAAAGGUACACCAAUGGUCAGCUUGGACGUCGGUCCUCACCAGGCCAACCACGUUUCGUUCGAUUCGUCCGGUAUGGUUGUGUCGAUUGCAAGUAACGACGCGACGAUUAAGAUGUACGAGGUGGCAAGCGGGAAGGUCGCAUCCCUUGUUGGUCAUGAAGACGCCGUCCAGGCUGCCAUGUUUGACAGAACGGGUGAAUUCAUGGUGUCUGGCGGAAGUGAUUGCUCGAUUAGGAUCUGGACGUAGAUGACCACAUCGUCUUGACCUAUGAGACAAUGUAAUCGAAUAGCCAAGGACUCAUGAUACUUUCAAGGAUAUUUGAAAGAAGAAAAUGUGGAGGCCAGGUUAAGACAUAUCCAAGGAUAGCCUGGAUAGCGCAUAGCGGUCUUGUUUGACCUCUAGCCUACUCGUAACAUGCAUCAAAAAUGUAUUACUUUGAAAGUCACUUUGAAGUACAGUAGAACCUCUCUAUUAAGGACACCCUCUGGACCGACGAAUGUUGUCCUUAAUAGAGAGGUGUCCUGAUAAGAGAGGUCAAAUUGAAUGGAAACAACCUAUGUGGGACCAGAACUAGUGUCCUUGAUAGAGAGGCUGUACUUUAUAGAGGGGUGUCUGCUAAGGGAGGUUUCACUGUAAAACGUUCUUGGAUGUAUUGAGUCAGCGUCUGGGUUGUUUUAAUACCAGUGUCUCCCGCAGAUUCUCACACACAAUUGUACAGUUUAACUUGGGUCAAGCAAUUUAGCGAUGACAAAUUUUUCCAUCUUCUGGAUAGAUGGACUUGUAUGUAUUAAUGUAUUUAUGUACUUUCAGUAGCCGUCCAUAAAAAUAUAUCUUUGUGUAUAAAUGAGGGUUGAUAAGAUAGUUACCAGAAUGAAUAAAUUAAUUGUCUAUUUUAUGAGGGACAUGACAUGUAAAUAAUUAAACCAUUUGUUGA